GUCAAGAUCUCUACUUAGAGCAGUGGGAAUCUUUGUGGAACAUUGGGCAAGAGCUUUGCCAUUGGCUGGUCAAGAAGGAGGAGGCAGAAUGUCUGCAUUGUUACACCAUAGAGUUCAAACUUCAGAAACCUUUGGGUUAAGCAGUAUCACUUACCCUGCAAAUGAUCAUGCCUUUAUCUGUACUCUCUGAUCAUCACAAACUAAUGAAACACGCUUUAGGUCUCAUGAAUUCAGGCGACACUGUUCUCCAGAUGCCCUGGUGGCUGAUUCAGGGCCUGUGAAAAAUGGAACCAAAUUCUUUGAGGACUAAAGUCCCAGCUUUUUUAUCUGACUUGGGAAAGGCCACAUUGAGGGGAAUCAGAAAGUGUCCCCGAUGUGGCACAUACAAUGGAACCCGGGGCCUGAGCUGUAAGAACAAAACAUGUGGAACCAUAUUCCGCUACGGUGCACGGAAGCAGCCUAGUGUUGAAGCUGUCAAAAUCAUCACAGGCUCUGAUCUGCAGGUCUACUCUGUGCGGCAAAGGGACCGGGGUCCUGAUUACCGAUGUUUUGUGGAGCUGGGUGUUUCAGAGACGACAAUCCAGACGGUGGAUGGGACAAUCAUCACUCAGCUGAGCUCUGGACGGUGUUAUGUCCCCUCGUGCUUGAAAGCUGCCACCCAAGGCGUUGUGGAAAACCAGUGCCAGCACAUCAAGCUGGCAGUAAACUGUCAGUUGGAAGCCACUCCUCUGACCCUGAAGAGUUCAGUCCUGAAUGCCAUGCAGGCCUCUGCAGAAACCAAACAGACCAUCUGGCAGUUGGCCACAGACCCCACGGGUCCCCUGGUACAGAGGAUUACUAAAAAUAUCUUGGUAGUAAAAUGCAAGGCAAGCCAGAAGCAUACCUUGGGGUAUUUGCAUACAUCUUUUGUGCAGAAAAUCAGUGCCAAAAGUUUGCCAGAGCGCCGCUUCUUCUGCUCCUGCCAGAGUUUGAAAUCACACAAGUCAAGUGCCUCCAGGGAUGAGGCAGCUCAGAGAUGCAUUCAUUUCUUUGCAUGCAUCUGUGCCUUUGCCAGUGACGAGACAUUGGCUCAGGAAUUCUCAGACUUCCUAAAUUUUGAUUCCAGUGGUAGGUGGUACAGUUGACACAGUUACUUUGUUUUUCUGAAAUUACAAUGAGUUUCACUGAUAUAUUUGGAGAUUGUGAUAAUCUAGAUGAUAAGUAUUAUUCAUUUGCCAGAGCUCUUACUACUGGGGAUUGGG